CAACGCAGCACCCACGGCCAGUCACAAGGCCGCCAAAGCACGGUCGUAGUCGUCCACGCCGUCUGAAUCAUCCAGCCCGACUCAUUUGACGUCGUCGACGACGGCGACAACCACCCCAUCCCUGCGCCCGACGACGCACCCCAGGACCCUCGCACACGGCGCCGACCCGCCCCGGCGGAGCAUGUCUAAUCCCGAACUGGCCUAUACAGCGAUGACGAACGACGACUUUGAUAUCCUCCCGCGCUGGUCCCAGCCCUCCUCCCAUCCCCACCCGGACGCCCUCUCCCUCUCCUCGUCCGCCGCCGCCCAAGCCAGCGCCCAGUCUCCCUACCUCUACGGCGGCGCCGCCCCGCCCUCCGCCGCCGCCGCCGCGGGCGUUCAUAACCAUCGUUUGCCCUCGAUCCACCAGCAGCAGCAGCACAUCUCAUCGCCCGCAUCGGCCUCGUCAGCCAGCCCCGCUACUCGCCCCCCGCGCAUCUCACAGCUCCUCGACGAAGACCAACCGUAUGCGAUGAACUCGCUCGCCGGGUACGCCUCGGGGCCUCCACCCCCCAACCCGCAGGCGAACAGCCAACUCGCGCGCAGUGCCUCGUUUGGCGGCAGCUCCGCCCGCGGCCGCCGCAGGGUGCACGACGACUUAGAGGGCGCCUUCCACGCUGACGCACCCGCCGGCGGCGCGUACGCUGGCGAAUCGCAGCAGGGAUCGAUGCAGUAUUACGGUGGCUACAGCGCGGGCAAUGGCGCCGGCGAGGGCGCGUACGGUGGCGACACGGCGGCGACGACCCAUUACGCCACUCCGAAACGCUCGCAGACGACGCGCGAUCCAGCCUCGGCGCGUUCGCCGCAUCGCGCCAUCGACACCUCCAGUCUCGACCCGUACGCGCCCCCGAACCAGGGGCCGUACUCGCCCACCACCGGCACCGGCGGCUAUCAGAGCGCCUACGCCGACCGCCCCGGCCACGCGAGCCCAUACUCUCAUUCGCGCUCACACUCGCGCGCCAAGGGCGACGCUCUCGGACCGUCGUAUUCUCCAGCAGGCCCACCGCAAACGGCUUCCGCGGCGGCGUACGGCGGGUACGCGGCGAUGGAUACAUCGACAAGCCCUCAACCGCAAGCCCCGCCCCCCGCAGCGCACGCGCAUCUCGCCGCGUACGCGCACUCGCCGCAGAACUCGCUGUCCACGCCGAGCUCGCCGCUCUCGCACCCGCACAGCUUCCACCCGAAUGCCGGACAGCAGCAGCAACAACAGCAGUAUUACCCGCAGCACGAUCCGCAGGCGAUGGUCGUCGAGCCCCCACCGCCGUCCAGGCGACGUGCGGACGGCUUCCGCCAGGUGCGCGAUGCGCGCGAUCUUCGCCCGCACGUGAGUGCGCAGCCUGGGGGAAGGCGAAUGGGGCAGAACGGGACGUAUCUUUCCCCGUUGCGCGCGCUGACGACGGAUAUCAUCGACACCUACCGGCUGUGCAACCCGCAGUUCAAGUACGAGUCGUCGUUGAACCCGAGACGGGUGUUGACAAAGCCGAGCAAAGCGGCGCAUAAUGAAGGGUAUGACAAUGAGGAUUACGACUACAUCCUCUAUGUGAACGAUUGUUUGGGCGCCGAGGAGAAUCGGUACCUCAUCCUCGACAUCCUCGGCCAAGGCACGUUCGGACAGGUCGUCAAAUGUCAAAACAUCAAAACGCACGAGAUCGUCGCCGUGAAGGUGGUGAAGAACAAGCCGGCGUACUUCAACCAGUCGAUGAUGGAGGUCACCAUCCUCGAGCUGCUGAACAACCAGUGCGACCCGAACGACGAGCACCACAUCCUCCGCCUCCGCGAUUCGUUCAUACACAAGAACCACCUGUGCCUCGUCUUUGAGCUGCUGAGCAGCAACUUGUACGAGCUCAUCAAGCAGAACCAGUUCUUAGGCCUGAGCACGCAGCUGGUGAAGGUGUUCACGGCGCAGCUGUUGGACGCGUUGACGGUGCUGAAAGAGGCGAGGUUGAUACAUUGUGAUUUGAAGCCGGAGAAUAUUCUGUUGAAAUCCCUACAAUCACCGCAAAUCAAGGUGAUAGACUUUGGAUCGGCUUGCCACGAGAGGCAGACCGUGUACACGUACAUUCAGUCUCGGUUCUACCGGUCACCGGAGGUAUUGCUCGGGAUACCGUACACGGCGGCGAUCGAUAUGUGGUCGUUGGGAUGCAUUGCUGUCGAGCUGUUCCUCGGGUUGCCGUUGUUCCCAGGGACGAGCGAGUACAACCAGAUUAGCCGGAUCGUGGAAAUGCUCGGCAACCCGCCGGACCACAUGCUGGCGGCGGGCAAACAAACGAAUCAAUUCUUCGACUCUUACGUCGACCAUUACGGACAAAAGAAGUGGAAGUUGAAGAGCCUUGAGCAAUAUUCGCGGGAACAUAAUACGAACGAACAGCCCGCGAAGAAAUACUUCAAGCAUACGAAAUUGCCCGAUAUCAUAAACAGCGCUCCGAUGCCUGCAUUCAAGUCGUCCAGAGCCGAGCAUGAAACCGAGAAAGAGUUGAAUAGCCGAGCAUCUUUCAUUGACUUUUGCCAAGGUCUGUUGAAUAUGGAUCCCAUCAAACGAUGGUCGCCGCAACAGGCGAGGUUGCAUCCGUUCAUUACGGGAGAGAAGUGGACGAAGCCAUGGACGCCCAUGCAAGCGCAAGCGCCCGAUCCGCAGAUGCCAACACCUGCGCCCAGCGCAGGACCCGAUCCAAAACGGCCGUAUGGCGGCCUCGUUCCGUCGCAGCCAAAGGGUGCGCAACCAUAUACGGACGCAGCAUCGUACAACGAACGCCUCCGACAACAUCAAGUGCACACUGCGCAAGCCGCGCAGGCACAGCAAGCUGCCAACAACGUCGUCCGCAAUCCUUAUAUAUCACCUCCGAGCUCCACAAACGCGUCCGCUGGGCCGCAAACGGGCUACGGACAAGGCGACUACGGAGCCUCAUAUGGAUCGCAGGCGCAGUAUACGCCGGCCUCGCAGCAGCAGCCGCUUGGCGGCGGACAACGGCCACUCCACCACCAGAGCUCGCACGGGCAGCUUCAGGUGAAUACGUCCAUCCCGCAGCACUCGAGCUACGCAACGGCGGGCGGCUUGCAGCCCGCCUCGAACCUGCGGCCGAACCCGCCCGCGAGCUCGUACUACCCAAACACGCGCACGCGUUCUAACACGAUCAAUCAGAUCGACAACAUCCCUCCGGCGCUCGCGCGCCUGCAGCACAUGAACCACGAUGUGAUCAGUGGCCGCAACGCCCUGACGCCGGUGAUGAACCGCGGGGACGACGCCUACCGCGAGUGGGAGCGGCGGCAAUCGGGCAAGGCCGCGGCGGCGCAGCCGUAUCCUGAACUACAGUACCUACACCAACAGGCGGAGCUUGUUGCGGCGUCAGGAAUGACCAACUGGCCGCAGCACCAGCAUCAUGCCGGCGGACGUUACCCGCCGCCAACGUCGAAGCUCGCGCACACGUACCACGCGCCUCCGAUCGUCAUUGACGAUGACCACAACCAGCGGCGCGACGCGGUCAUGUCCAACGUCCGCUCGGCCGCGAGGGGCGAUGGGCAGAGCAUGUACGGCGGCGCGUCGGGCAGCUCCGCUCCAAUCGCAGCCCCGCCUCAGGCGUACAACAGUGGGGCGACGACGACCGGCAACCGAUACGCUAGUGCCUAUGGGCAGCAACCACAGGCGGCAGCCUCCUUCGAUUCUAUCGACAGAAGGAACGAGAUCGGUAGCGUGUACGUACCCCUGCAGCCCGACCAGUACCAGUCGGCAUACAGCGCUGCCGGGGGCGCGGGCCCGAGCCAGGCUGGUAGGGGCGUGGCGCCUCCACCGCAAUCCGUCAUGCCUGGAUUCUACGGGGCCGGUGUUCCUCCUGGUGGACAACCGGCGCCUGCUCAACAGCAGGGGAUGAUGAAGGAUGCUCGGAGAACCAGUGGCAUGGACAUCUGGCCUCGAUGAAAGGGAGCGCAUCUUGCUUUGCACCCCAUAUCAUCCUGCCAUCCAAGUUCGACCGAUCUGUCCAACGACGAAUAUUUUUUGUCACUCCCUUGCAUCCACCCAUCCAACAUCCUGUAUGUCAAUGUCACUUCAUUCUCCUCUGACACACACACACCUCUUGUCCAACGUGCAUCCAAUAUGAGUAGAUCAUACUUUCGGACUGUACAUGAUUGCCCAGCUGGAAGCUUGUUUUCUUUUGUAAACUCAGAGCCUGGUGCGGCAUCCCUUUCGUCGACUACACAGCUUUGUCACUGUACUGUCCAAUAUCAUUUCUCUGCUCUUCUCUCUAUUUUCUGUGAAUGCAUCACGGCUGCAACAAAGCCCAGGAACUAUUGCAGGACGGGGAUGGAAACCGUGUGGUAUCCUUGCGACCCAUCCAGUUCUACGAUCUCACAGUCGGCGAUAUCCCCGUUGCCGAUUUGAGUCUCGACGCAUGUGAAGUCCAUCGUACGAUCCAGGACAGCCAUUGGGUGAUGCCAGAUUCCUGUGUCGUAUACGAUGCCCUGACCGGCGUUCGCGAUGAAGGCACGCAUGGUCGUCAGGUCCGGUUUGUCAUCCGAGCCGUUCUUCGCGACAAUGACCAGAUAAGCCGAGCCGGGUACCUUCAGCGCGUCCUCGGCGCCGUAACCGGAAGAAGACGCGGCACUACCCAUGGGGACGAACGCCUGGUUGGUGUACGGGUGCCGCUCGAGAACACGGACGGGCCAUUCUCCGCCUUGCUGCGCGUCGAUGGGCGCGCAGCGGUAGACCGAAAGGCCGGAUGUGGCGCCCGCGUUCGCCGGGUACGACUGCUCCAGGAGUGAGAGCUUGUGAAAUUUGGUGGCAGUUCCUUGGUUGGCGGGGGUGAGCUUGAUGCCUCGCGGCGCAGCGUGGGGGUCGUCCCAUGCCUGCACGACCUUCCCAAAAGGCGCGAAGGCCUCGAACGUAAGCGGGAGCGCUGGGAUCACUGGACCGCGUUUGCUGGAGGUCGUAGUAGCACCAGUCGAGUCUGCUUCGCCUCCUGCCGCGUCGGCUACGGCGGCUGUCGACUCGACGCUGGUUUCAAGACCUUGCUUACCCGCGGCCCGCUUUCCGAUUAUGCGCACCCGCUUGACUCCGCCGUCAGGAUGGAUGGUCAGUCGUACAUGGGUGAAUGCACGGUCGGCGACAUUUUCCAGCUGGAAAUAAUGCUGCCUAUGAGGGCCAAGCUUGCUUCGAGGCAGGAUAGAUAUCCAUUCAUCCUCAGGUACGGCCGGAACCGUAUCGGAGCUAAUGGUCGCAUGAAGCUCGCAGCUCUCGGGGAAAUUGCCCUUGAAGUGAGCCGUGUCAAUCUCGGCUUGCUCGAGGUAGCAUGGCGCGCCAAGCUGAAUGAUGACCCAGUCUUUAUGGCCUUUUUGCCUACUACGCUUCGUCUCCCAGCCAUCGCCCAUAUCUUUGCCGCGUCCUGGGAUGAUCAGAUUGGAUCCGACUCCGAAAUGCUGAUCGGAUGUGAACACAACUUUUCCUCCUGCAAAGACAUGGGCAAGGUCGCAAGAAGCGGAUUCGUCUGCUGGAAACACGGGGGAAACCGAACCAUAGACGCGGAAACGUGCAAUUCCACCGUCGGGAUACAUGUUCAAUUUGACAUAAUUAUAAGGUUGCGUCUCCGGGAUUUUGAAUAGGUGUCUUGACGACGGUCCUAAGCUCACUUUCGGGAGAAUUUCUAUCCAGCGAGAAUCGUUCUCGACUGGGUCACGUCCGUCGACGGAAUGCAAGGCCUGUAUGGAGACCUCUGGGGCUUCGUUACCAUUGAAGUGUGUCGUGUCAACAUCGAAGCCGAAGAUUGUUCCUGUCGUUCCCAGCUUGACGACGCACCAAUCAUAGUUCGGGUUAUGCCUGCGUGUUUCCCAGCCGCUGUACAGAGCACCCUUGGGGCCGAACUGACCUUUUAGGCUAGGUGCGGGCUCGACCAGUAAUAGAUGAAAAGCCUCCGCGAAGAACUCGUCUGAAAGGGAUGUCACCCGUCCUCCCAGCGCAACACUCGACAGCUCUAUUGCAGUACCGAACGAUUGUAAGAAGUUCUCGAGUGCGAUUCUUUCCGCCAUUGCUGCUGAUGC